AUGGCUUCAUCUGCACCAGAACUACUGGGUCUCUCGAUGAUGCAGCAGCUGCGAAUAACGCCAAGCCAGGUGCAGGAGCUCCUUGCAGAGAAUGGCCGUCGCCUUCUGCGCGCUUUUGCAGAUGUCGAGCACAACGUGGCCCAUCUAUCCAGAUGGCUGGGGUCGCUGACGCAUUAUGGAGGAGCAAUUGCCGAGUUACUGCUCCUGCGGCCUGAGCACACUCCCUUCACGCUUACUGUUCUGGGCCAUGGCCUGCAGUCUCAGAGUGAUGCUGGCGAAGCUGCAUGUGUCAUUCUGGCUGGCGUUUGCGCGGCGCUUGCUGGGACCCACCUGCGCAAAGUCUGUGCAGACUGGCUCAUCAACUCGUCUGGGCUCGCAGAUGUGGCUGCUCUGAUGUCCCAACGUUCCAGUGCACACGGACCUGCAGUAUCUGUGAUGGUGAGCUGCUACGGCGACUCGCUCCUUCAGCUGACAUCGCAGUACCUGAAGCAAACGGUGCGCGGCGAGCAGGAAUACUUGGCCGUUGCGCAUCAUAUUUUACGGGCAAUGCUCAGCCAGAAGGACUUGGCAGAGGCUUGCCAUGAGCAAGGAGUGCCGUCGCACUUCCUGGCAAGAAGCCUGCAACGACUCGGUGAUGAAAGGAGUACCGCGGGAACCUUGCAAGCAGCUGCUCUCCUGGCGACAGAUCUGUGGCUUGCAGGUGUGAGCACCUCCUCGCCGCAAGAAGGCCUGGGGGACCUGCUCAGCGCAUUGAAGAUAGCGACGCAGAGCAGGCAAGGACGAUGCCCACACAUGGUUGCGUUCUCAUGCCUGGCCAGACUGCUGUCGCGGCUGUGCGACAACCAAGAUGUCGAAGGGACUCCAGCAGUGUACCGGACCUUCGUCUAUGCAUUGGUUGAAUGCGAAAGCCACUCGUCGCGAGAAUUCGGCACCCGCUGUUUGCUGAAUCUGCUUGAGAAGUACGAAGGGGUUCCCGUCGGGAUACUGGCUGAACUCAGUGUCAAGAAGUUUCAGGUCAGCGCUGCAGAACCCCUCACGGUCAUUGACAUCGAGCUUUUCCUGGUCAUCGCGAAGCACCCACGCUGCACCGAUCGCCAUGCAGAGCUGUUGGCGCAAGUGCUUGUCCGCUGUGCUUUGGAGAACCCCGACGUUGGACGCGCUGCAAGCCUUCCGCUGCUGGUGAUCUUCCGGCGCUUCGCGCGCGAGGACAGCCUCCAGGCUUUGUUCGAGCACUUCGUGCAGGUGUCUCUGACAAGGCUGAUCCAACGCGGGACUCCGAAGAUGCAGGUCAAUCAGGUGCAUGAAGUCUUGGCGAAGACUGCUUGUAUGCGUGUUCCAUCCUUGGACAGACGAAUGCGGCGACUCCUGCAAGAGGUCUGCAAGGCAUACCUCUCCAGCUACAUCGAGCUGCAUCCGAACUUGCAGGCUGUGCUGGAUCUUUGGCCGGAAGACGAGCAAGAUCUGAAGCGUUGGGCUCAAGCGAUUCAGACCGAGGAGUCACCUCGGAGUCCCGCAAAGGAGGAGGCAGCACCGACUGUGUCUGCUGGCGAGGAUUUUGGCCAUGGCAGCCAUGGCCUGGAGCUUCGAUCCAUUUCUCCGUCAGUGCACAACGACGCCCAGCCCAGGUCCCAUUCCUUCGCUGACAGUUCAACCGCCCAAGUUGCGCAGCUCGCUAAAGAGACAGAGAGUCUGCGUGACGAGCUUGCUGUUGCGAAGGACAAACAAACAAAAGCCCUGGCGGAAGCAGAGGCUCUCCGAAAAGAGCUCGGCGAGGCCAAGGAGUUGCAAAAAAAGGUUGAAGCCGAAGUUGAGCAGCUGCAAGAACGCCGAGAGGAGAUCCUUGCCCGGCGGCGGCAGGCAGCUGCGAAACGAGGGCAAGGAGAAGCAAAGGCCCGAAAGCCCGCAAAGGCCGAACCUGCAGCCAGUGAAGACCUCACGGAGGCCGCCGGCAACAAGGAGGCAGAGCAUGCCGAGCAGGAGGCGGAGGGGCGUCCAAAACGUCAAAGGAGUCGACCCCGCAAAAUAUCACAUCGCAGAUCUUGGCGAUGA